GCGACGCUGGUGACCAAACGCAGCACGUUUUUGUUUACGAUCAGCUGUCAAGUUUGAGACUACUUUUAUAGACGUAUGUAUGGAUGAACAGACUCACAGCUGAUAAUGGCAUCGAAAAGACCACAAGGCGACUGUGGGAGCGCUGAGAGGAAAAAGAAGAGAAAGAACAGCGUCGAGAAGGUUGGAUUGUGCUCUGUUUUAGAAGACGAACAAGUCAAGACAGCAGUGAAGCGAGCAUGGCGCCAGAAAACACACUACAGCUGUGGAGAUCUUGAGUUGGCUUGCCAUCCCUUCCCACACUGCAUCAUCAGAAAUUUUAUUGGUGAAGACGGAUUUAUAGAUGACCUACAGAAAGAAUUGCUGGGACUCAAUUUUAAUGAGAAAUCUAAUGAUUUAUACAAGUUUAAACAGUCUGAUGACCUGAAGAAGAGCAAUAAACCACACAUCCAAGGCAUAAGGUCGGUGCUGUUUCAGCAAUUUCGGCCAUGGCUGGAGGGGAUGAUAGGGGCUGAACUUGAGAGCACAGUUGACAUUUCUUGUGCGAAAUAUGAAUACACAGAUGUUCUUCUUUGUCAUGAUGAUGAAUUGGAGGGGAGACGUGUUGCUUUUAUACUGUAUCUUGUACCUCAGUGGGACAGUAGUGAUGGGGGGACCCUUGAUCUUUACAAAACAGACUAUAAUUUCCAACCAAAAGAGAUAAGUAAGACAAUUGUGCCUACUCGAAACACUCUUGUAAUUUUUGAAGUUUCCCCAGUUUCUUUUCAUCAAGUUUCUGAAGUUUUAUCAAAAGAGAAAUGCCGUCUUUCACUUGGUGGUUGGUUCCAUGGACAGUCUUUAGAAAGACCACCGCGUUAUACUGAGCCGCCUGUGACAAGAAAUCCUCACAUACCAAGAGAUGAGACACUGCUUAUGGAGUGGGUCAAUCCUAUCUACCUUGAUAUUUCCUAUCAAGAGCAUAUUCAGGGAGAGUUUGAGGAUAGCUCAGAGAUUCAAUUAAAAGACUUUCUAAAGGAGGACAAAUUUAGGCAAGUAAAUGAAGCCCUGCAACUCAGUCAGAUUCAGUGGACAAAGAAAGGGCCAGCCAAUAAAAGGUGCUAUGAUGUUGCUUCACUUGAAAAUCUGCCAGAGUGCAUCUAUGGUUGUUGGGAGCUCCUACAUUCAGAGGCUUUUUUCCUUCUUCUGUCCAACUUUACUGGCCUUCGUCUGCACUACCUUUGCCCUUCUGAUGAUGAUGAUGAUGAAGAGCAAAAGACAAAAGAAAAUGUAAAACAAGAUGAAGAAGGCACCUCUGCUGAAGAAACCACAUCAAAUAAUAACAGAUCAGCAGUGGAAAGUACACCGAAAUGUAGUGGAGAGCUACGCCGAUGGACUCAUGGCAGCUAUACUUUGCUGCAUGAUGGUGAAGCUGCACGAGCAGAAUAUGCUCUGGACCUUAUUUUGCCUUUCCAAUGUGCAGAUUGGGACACAGAUUUUGGGGGCUUCACAUGUUAUGUUGCUAAUGAAGAGGAUGAAGAGCUGUUGACUGUGUAUCCAGAGGAUAAUUCUCUUGCACUGGUCUAUAGAGACAAGGAAACACUCAAGUUUGUCAAACAUAUAAACCACAAAAGCUCCCAACCCUCUACUGACAGUUCAAGAGGCAGAACUUUUUACGAUUUCUCUAUUGUGUACUAUGAAUAAACAGAUUUCUGGUUA